CUUCAAAUGCGAUAUAUACCACAGCUUUCACAGCAACUACAAGAACUCUACCAGCUACAAUCACAACUUCACCAACCUCAGCUACAGCCACAUUAACAAUGACAACUACAACCACAGCUCUUCCAACCACAAACACAGCUGCACCAACUACAUCCACAGCUUCACCAAUUAAGACCACUGUCACAUCAACUACAACAAUAGCUGCCCUAUCUACAACCACAGCUCCACCAAGAACAACCACACCUCCACCAACUCCAACCACACCUCCACCAACUACAGCCACAGCUUCAUCAGCUACAAUAACAGCUGCACAAACUACAACCACAGCUGCACCAACUACAACCAUAGCUGUACCAACUACAACCUCAGAUGCAUCAACUACAACCACAGCUGCGCCAACUACAACCACAACUGCACCCACAACCCCAAUUGCUCGAACAACUGCAGCUGCACCAACAACAACCACAGCUGCCCCAACAACAACCACAACAGCUGCUCCAACAUCAACCACAACUGCUACUCCAACUACAACCACAGCUCCACCAACUACAUCUACAGUCAUAUCAACAACAACCAGAGUUCCACCAAGCACAAGCACAGCUGCACCAACUACAACCACUGCUGCACUAACUACAACCACAGCUGCUCCAGCUACAACCACAGCUCCAACAACUACAAGCACAGCUUCAUCCACUAGAACAACAGCUCCACCAACUACAACCACAGGUGCACCAACUUCAAAUGCGAUAUAUACCACAGCUUUCACAGCAACUACAAGAACUCUACCAGCUACAAUCGCAACUUCACCAACCUCAGCUACAGCCACAUUAACAAUGACAACUACAACCACAGCUCCAUCGACAACAUCCACAACUACAGCCUCAACAAUAACAAACACACCUUCCACAACAACUUCACCAUCCAAAACUAUACUUUCAACAAGAAUAACUACUACAACAGCACCUACAACCACAGCUCCAACAACUAUAACUACAACUGCUGCUGUAAAAACCAUAGCUUCCCGAACCAGUACCACAGCAAGUCUACCAACAACAGCUACAUAUUCAACUACUAUAACCACAGCAGCUGCAGCAACAACUAAAACUGCAGCAAUAUCCACAGCGACUACAACCACAGCUACACUAACAGCAACUACAACUUCAACAACAUCGACUCCAAUUACUACAAAAACUCCACCACCACCAACCACAGCUUCACAAACAACAACUGCUUCAUCUUCAGUCAACAACCAAUUAAGCUUCCUUUUAGUCAUAAUAGUUACAGCUGCCAUUUGGAUUUAAGUUCUGGAAUGGAACUGGUCCUUCAUCAUGUGCCACUUUUUUUCAUUUUAUACAGUACAACAUCUAAUAGGCAGGACUAUUUAAUCUCAUUUAUUAAUACUGAUGCUUUCUGUGCUUGUAUUCAGAUAGUAUUAUGUC